AUGUCUAUUAGAUUAAUAGAUGAAAUUUCAAAUUAUUCUUCUCCUUCAAUAUUAAAAAUACUUGUAAAGCCUAAAGAAUAUAUUGAGAUUUUACCUUCACAAAUAAUUAAAAAAUUUCAAAAGAAUCUCGUAUAUCAUAUUCACAGAAAAUUAGCCAAAAAUAAUAUUCAAGAGAAGCGUAAAAUAGUUUCACUUCCCUGUAUUAGAAGCUAA